AUGCGGGUCCAAGGCAAGAUACGCCUGGAGAAGAACGGGAAGCUGGUGCAGAAGGAGGCCAGCGGUGCCCUCACGCUCUCCAGCCAAAAGAAGGGAGCAAACGGUCGGCCAGCCUACAUCUUGAGUGUGCUGAAGCUGACCACCGGCGCCAAGCAGCGAUGGGAUUACCCGCUGGAGGCCAAAAUGCCGGUCCAGCUGUUUGCGGCUCGAAAGGACCUGAUGACGAUCGUGUUGCCGCGCGAAGGAGUGACGAUUUGUAUCAACGGGGUCACGAUGUCGCUUCAUCUCUUCAAACUCCGCCAAUCAAUCGAGAAGAUCCUCAAGGGCCAGCCGAUUGACGACAACCUGCUCGAGGACUACGACCCGACCGCCAAGGCUCUAGCCGAAGUGCGAGCCAUCCAGAAGCACAUGACGAUCAAGCAAAAAUCGGAUUAUCCAAGAACCGAAUUCCCCGAAUCGCUUGAACGGUUGACUAUCUCCGAUGUCGCCCUGAGGAAGGUCGACGCCAAAUGGUUCCGGUUGUCGCAACUGAGGGAGCUCGAUCUCUCCAACAACAACCUGGGUCAAGCUCCGAAUUUGCACUUGCUGAGCAACUUGCGGAGGCUGGAGAACUUGCAACUCCUCGAUCUGAGCUCUAAUGGGCUGACGGAGUUGCCGGAUGGCUUGUGGGACGCGAUCGGGCACGUGAGGAACCUGUCGUUGGCCAGGAAUGAUUUUACGGUUCUCCCAAAAGGCCUCUACCAACUCCACAACCUCGCCUACCUGGCCAUCGACCACAACCCGAUCACCGAGUUGCCGAGCCAAAUCGUCCUCCUCGAAUCCCUCACGACGUUACGGGCCAAUGAUUGUCAACUUUUGCGGCUCCCCUACGCGCUUGAAAGUCGAAGGCCGCGCUUCUUGAGGCUGUACAUCAGCGGCAAUCCAUUACUCCCGCCCCGCGAUGGGCCAGACGAAGAGGGCGGCGACAUGCCUUCUCUGUUCGAAUACGCGCUGGUGGCCCUGAAUCGGAUGAACUUCGACUUUACCGACUUCCCCCAGCACAUCAUCGAGCAGCAGGAGAACCUCAAGAUUUGCAGCAUUUGCCAUCGGGUGGUCCCCAGCUGUGCCAUCUAUCUGAAGAAGCAGCGCAGUGUGGUCGCUCGAAAUUUGGCCGGCGACACCGACGUCAGCGGCUCACUCACGCUGGACUUGGACAUUUGCGGAAUCUGCAAAACUCAGCAAUUC